GCCCAACGUCCCGGCGCAACCAGGCGCUUCGUGGCGAGGGAGCGAGAGCGGGAGGCAAAAAGGUGCUGGAGGGAGCGAGGCGGCUGAGAAAGCAAACGAGAAAAGUGGCUUUUUCUCCCGCUUUCAGGGCCGGGCGCGGGCAUGUCGCAAGCGGCGGCGCCCGGCAGCUUCGGGGCACGUAAGCGGGCGACUUCCUGAGCGGCGAGCGACUUCCUGGGGAGCCGGCGCGGGGCCGCGGCCGAGGGACCUGAUGGCAGCGCCAGCGCCCGCGCCACAGCCGCACGUGGAGGAGGCGGGAGCUUCCCUGGCCCCGGCGGCAGCGCCCGCGGGAUCGCCUCCGGAGCCGGGCGUCUCGGCCGGCCCCUCGGUUCCCGCGCCGGGCGCGACGGCUGCUCCCGCGGACGCGGGCGGCCCGGACGCCCGCCGGGGGCUGCAGGCAGCUCUCCCAGACCCUUCCUCCAAGCUAAACAUGCCGGGGAGCCUGCUGGAGGGGGACGCGGACGGGGCUGGGACCCCGCUGGAGCUGGACGCAGACGGAGCAGAGAUCCCGCUGGAAGUGGAUGCAGACGGAGCGCAGAUCCCAUGGGAAUUGCAUACAGACGGAGCAGAGAUCCCGCUGGAGGUGGAUGAAGACGGAGCGCAGAUCCCAUGGGAGCUGCGUGCAGACGGAGCGGGGAUCCCACUGGAGGUGGAUGAAGAUGGAGCACAGAUCCCAUGGGAGCUGCGUGCAGACGGAGCAGGGAUCCCGCUGGAGGUGGAUGCAGGUGGGGCAGGGAUCCCGUGGGAAGUGGCUGCAGACGGAGCGGGGAUCCUGCUGGAUGUAGACGCAGAGGGGGCAGGAAUCCCGCUGGAGGUGGACGCGGAAGGAGCAGGAGUCCCGUGGGAAGCGGACGCGGAGGGGGCUGGGACCCCGCUGGCCGCGGAGGGCUCGGAGCACCGGUGCCUCACCCUGGAAGAGCUGGGCGACUACUUCCAGGAGUGCAUCGACGCCGUGGAGCGGCUGGAGAAGGAGCGAGACGGCCUGAUCCGGGAGCUGGCGCUGCUGCGGGAGCCGGCGCUGCGGGAGAUCCGGCAGGCCCACGAGGAGAUCCUGGCCGCCUACCGGCUGCUGGCCAGGGUGGAGCUGGAGCGGGACAACCUGAAGGACGAGAUCCGGCAGAUCAAGCAGAAGCUGUUCCGGGUGACCAAGGAGUGCGUGGCCUGCCAGUACCGGCUGGAGAGCCGGCGGCACGACCUGGGCCAGGCCGCUGCCUACCGCGGCGAGCUGGAGUCCCGGGCCGGGCAGCUGGCGGAGGAGCUGGCCCGGCUCAAGGAGAGCUGCGAGAAGGAGAAGGAGGAGAUGAGGCAGAAGCUGGAGGCGCCGCCGUGCCGGCGGGACAACCAGUACCUGCAGGAGAGCCGCCGGCUGUCGGUGGCCUUCGAGAGCUUCGUGGCGGAGAGCCGCCGGGGGCUGGAGGAGCACUACGAGCCGCAGCUGCUGCGGCUGCUGGAGCGGCGCGAGGCCGGUGCCCGGGCGCUGCAGGAGAUGCAGGGCGAGCUGCAGGGCAUGAAGGAGGCCCUGCGGCCCUUGCAGGGCGAGGUCGGCCGCCUGCGGCUGCAGAACCGGAGCCUGGAGGAGCAGAUCGCCCUCGCCAAGCGGAAGCGGGACGAGGAAGUCGGGCAGUACCGGGAACAAGUUGAGGAGCUGGAAGACAGGCUGAAAGAGCUGAAGAACGGCGUCCAGCUUCAGCAGCGCAAGAAUCAAGAGCUGGAAGAGCUGAGGACCAGCCUCCACCAGGAGCUCUCCAUUUACAAGGGCUGCUUAGAAAUCUAUGGACACCUUUGCAAAUCAGAAGAAAAAGCAGACCAAGACUAUUAGGAAUGAUGGACUUUCCCCCUUUUUAGCAAAAGCGAAGGACAGAGGCAUCUGCAGGGGACAUUUCCCUCUUGCUGCUUUUCCCACCUGAUGUAUAGCAGCUGCCUAAAAUCAGGAAUACUAGACAAUCAUUUGCUUGUUUGUAUUUCUUGAGGUGCUGCUGUCGAUCUUCUAAUAAAACUGCUUUUCCAGAGAGGAGCAGAGAAAAGUAUACUUGCACUGAAAAUAGACAUAUAUGAAGAAUAACAGAUGUAUGUUUUGCUGUGUUUGGAAAAUGUAUCUUGUCUUGUAGAUGGAUUGUAUAAGCUUGCGCAGAAAGUAUUGUUCUGGAAGCCUGUGUUAGGGGUUUGAUUUUUAAAGUUUACAUGCAAGAGAAGCUUUAUCCUUUUAACAGGAUUUUCUUUUGUAGUUCAAUGGGUCUCUGCUGUGACAUGUUCAAUGUGGGCCACAAACUGAAAUUUGUGGAUAAAUGGUUUCCACUUUGUAGAAAGUCUCACACUGAAAAUAAAGGCCAGAGUUUAAGGAUC